GAUGUCUUGGCUUUUGAAGAGGAUAUAAAGAAAGUGUGGAAAGUGUAGAAGAUACAAGUGCCGAUCGUAGGACAGAACGUAGGCACGUAGGCCGCUGUCGUGUAUGCGAAUCGCCGGCGCACUUGCAUUUUGAUAGUCGUUACGUUGGGAGGUGCAUGUACGCAAUAACUUCGCACAGCUCAUCCGCAGAGGAACAUACGCAAUGACGGAGAUAGUGGUGGCCAACGACGAGGAGCAAUUACUCUCGCGGAUCUCUAAUCUUGUUGCUCGCGCCGCCGAUGACGCAAUUUCACGUGAUGAUCGGAUCUUUCGAUUCGGAGUAUCAGGUGGUUCAGUAGUGGAUUUACUGGCCAAGUCUUUGCCUAACAUCGCGACCGACUGGAGCAAGUGGCGCUUCUUUUUCUGCGAUGAACGAGUGGUACCUUUAGAAAACUCUGACUCUAAUUUUGGCCUCUAUAAAAGUUGUCUCAUUGGAAAAAUACCUGUCACUGAGGAGCAAUUCAUAAAAAUCGAUUCAGAAUUAACUGUCGAGAAUGCGGCGAGGGAUUACAUUAAAAAAAUGGCCUUCUUCUUCCCGCCGGACAGAUUACCGAGAUUCGAUUGUUUACUACUGGGCCUGGGUCAGGACGGGCAUACAUGCUCGCUCUUUCCGGGUCAUCGGGCUCUUGACGAUGAGAACAUGUGGGUCACAUGGGAACUGAAUGCGCCGAAACCACCACCUAGUAGGAUCAGCCUUACCAUGCCGGUCAUUAAUAACGCUCGCAUGUGCAUAUUUAUUGCUACCGGCGCCAGCAAAACCGAAAUCGUCAAGAGGGUCUUGAAAGACAAAGAGGAUUUGCCAGCCACGAGAGUGAAUCCAAUUGACGGCACUCUCUUUUGGCUGCUCGAUCAGGAAGCAGGCAAGCUACUUAAUUCAGACUGAAACGCGAAAUUAGCUUAAAGUAAGACCGUUACAUAAGAUUUGCACCAAUUUUAUAACAUUCCAUACCAUAUAUUAAGAUCGUCUUGUAAUUCCAUUGUAAGCCUUUUUUAGUUUGAUAUUUUAAUACAUGCUUUUUUCACUUAAUUUACUAUUAAUGUCGAUAGAAUGUUUGAAAAAGCAUGUGUUCCUACCAAAGGUAUGUAAAAAUAAGUCAUAAAAAAAUCAAAUAAGCAACUUUUGACUGAUAUUGCUCAAUAAUAUCGUUUAUAUAAAAUGUGUAAACUUUAUUGUAUAUUAGUCUGCAGAUUGUAAAAGGACAAAAAGAAUUUAAUAAAAACAAAAUUUGCAUUUUCACAUCAAA